ACUCUAUUGCUUUUUCUGGUGCCUUAAUAAAUCCCUGUUAGUCUUCUUCCAUCACCAACCAUAGAUCCAAAUCUACACGCUUGUCCACUGUAAUGGAAGAGAGUGUAGUUUCCUUUGUUUUAGAUCACUUAGCCCAGCUUGUCGCAAGCGAAGUUAACUUGCUGUAUGGGGUGGAGGAUAGAGUCCAGUCCCUCCAGAGAGAACUUGAAAUGAUCAAAGAGCUCCUCAAUACCACAAGGAGAGAGAAGGGAAUGGAACAUAUAGUACUGAACCAUAUCAGAGAUAUGGCCUACUUAGCUGAGGAUGUAAUCGACACUUUCGUAGCAAAAGUUUUAAUUUACAAAAGGAGAACCAUUCUCGGGAGGAUGCUCCAUGGCUUUGGCCAAGCAAGGUUGCUCCACCGCUUAUCCGACAAAAUAGACUAUAUCAAAACCAUUCUCAAGGAAAUACGCGACAACAAAGACACAUAUGAUGCUUUCAGAGAAACCACUAAUGAAUCCGCAGCAGAAGAGGUGAGGGAAAGGUUGGAAUGGCUGCAGAGGCUAAGAAGAGAUGUGGAGGUAAAAGAUGUGGUUGGCUUUGUCCAUGACUCUGAGGUUGUCGUCAAGCGACUCCUGGGAGAUAGUUCAAAUCGUAAAGUCGUCUCUAUCGUUGGCAUGGGGGGAUUGGGAAAGACCACCCUUGCCCGAAAGGUCUUUAAUAACAGCCAGGUGAAGCACCACUUCUAUUGUCACGCGUGGGUUUAUGUCUCGAACGAGUGCAGAGUUAGGGAGCUUUUGCUUGGCCUUCUUAAACAGUUGAUGCCAAAUUUUGAACAACAAUGCGAAGGCAUUAAAAGCCCGAAUGAGGAAGAGCUAAAAAAUAUGGUGGAGAACUGCUUGGAGGGGAAAAGGUAUCUUGUGGUGGUAGACGACUUGUGGAAAAUAGAGGAUUGGGAUAAGGUGAAAGGUGCUUUUCCAGACAACAACAGAGGCAGCAGAAUAUUGAUUACUAGUCGUUCGAGAGAGGUGGCCACGCAUGCUGGUCUUGAUAUUCCUCACUAUCUUCCAUUUCUCAAUGAAGGAGAAAGUUGGGAGUUGUUUCGUAAAAAAGUGUUUAUCGAUGGAGAUUGCCCUUCUGAUUUGGAGCCUCUGGGAAAGCAGAUGGUUGAAAGAUGUUGUGGUUUGCCGCUCUCCAUCGUUGUUUUGGCUGGACUGUUGGCCAAUAAGGAAAAGUCACAUACACUAUGGUCUAAAGUGGUCGAUCAUGUUAAUUCGUAUAUCAAUCAAGAUAAGACCCAAGUGAAUGAUAUAGUUCUCAAGCUCAGUUAUGACAAUUUGCCAAGGAGACUAAAACCAUGUUUUCUCUAUCUUGGGUUAUUUCCUGAGGACUUUGAAAUACCUGUUGCGUCAUUAUUGCAAAAAUGGGUUGCAGAGGGUUUUAUACAAGAUACAGGAGAUAAAGACCCAGAUGAUAUUGCAGAAGACUACUUGUACGAGCUCAUCGAUCGCAGUUUGGUCCAGGUAACAAGAGUGAAGUUAAAUGGAAGUUUGGAGAAGUGUCAAGUUCAUGAUCUUCUUCGAGAUCUUUGCAUAUCGCAGAGCAAAAAGGACAAAGUGUUUGAAGUUUGCACAAACAAUAACAUUGUAGAUUCUACCAAACCUCGCAAACUGGCCAUUCAGAGUGACAUGCGUGACUACAUUUCUUCAAGCAAAAGAGACCAUUCAUGUGUCCGUUCCGUGUUUUUCUUUGGGACAAAUUAUGAUGAGUGGAAAUGGCCUUUGGACAACUUCAAAUUGGUUCGAGUGUUAGAGUUUGGACCUACCACUCGCCUAGAGAUCCCUUCCAAUCUGGGGAACUUCAUUCACUUAAGGUACUUGAGAAUUGACUCUUUGUUUCCUAAAUUUGUUCCAGAUUCAAUACUUAACCUUUGGAAUCUACAAACCAUAGACCUGGGUAUUUUCAAGAAUGGGCUUCAAGUUUCUUUCCCUGCUCAAAUGUGGAAACUUAAAUAUUUAAGACACUGGAAUUCAUCAGGGCCCAUCGAGUUGCGAGGAAGAUGUUUACAAUCAGUUGAGAAGAUGUGGAAUCUUCAAACCAUGUCUCCCCUUACACUCAAUAAGCAAGCAAUAUCUCUAAUAAGGAAUGGAACAUUUCCCAAUAUUAAGAGGAUGGGGUUGAAAGGGAGUCAUGAUUGUAAAGAUGAAUUACCCAAUUUACUGGAGAACCUAACACAAUUAAAGCAUUUGAAUACAUUAGUGAUUUUUCCCGAAGGUUUGCUUGAUUUCAAGCCCCAAGAACUGGUUCAAAGGUUAGGACAAUUCAAUCGUCUAACUAUUUUAGUAAUUGAUUGUGUUAAUCUUCUAACCUCUGAGCUCAUAUUUCCCCCAAACAUUAUAGAGUUAACUUUGUCAGUGAUUAAACGCAUUAGUGAUGAGGGGAUGAAUGGUGUGGGAAAUCACUCCAAACUCAAGAUUUUAACACUUUUGGGAUAUAUAAUGGAGUUUAAGGAUCCCUUUAACCUCAAUUGUGUCGGCUUCCCAAAGUUGGAAGUGUUGCAAUUGAAAUACUUGCCACUUCGAAAUUGGAAAUUAAGCAAUGGUGCAAUGCAGAAGCUUCAACAUGUAAUUAUCUACUGUUGUGAACCAUUGGAUAAUCUCCCAAUUGAACUCUGUUCUUUGAAUGGAUUGAAAAAAAUGCAUAUACAAGACUAUAGGACAAAAGUGAUUGAACAAAUGGUGACAUCUUACGAAUAUUGGAAACAAAUAAUAGAGUUGAAGUCCUUAGAGAAUAUGCUUCACCUUGGGCUGAUGCAUUAGUUGCGCCUAUUAUAUAUGAUUAGUAGCUCAUUUGCCUUCCAUGUUUCAUUUGCCUUCGUUUCAUGUCUUUUAUUCUUCCUUUCUUUCUACAAGUUUACAGUCAGUUUUUUAUUUUUAGUUAUUUGAAAACAAUGUUUGGUCUUGUUUUUUUACUAUGUGGAAAAUAAAAGGAA